AUGACAGCCAAGACAGUUGUUGCUUUUGACCUAUAUGGCACUUUACUCUCAACUGAAUCAAUCGUCAAACAACUAGAGAAAAAUUACGACAAUGCCAAGGCGCAGUCGAUCUCCGCGCUCUGGAGGCGGUAUCAAUUGGAGUACACAUGGAGAUUAAAUAGCAUGGGCAAGCAACACUUCCGAGCUUGGGGCUCAAAUUAUUGA